AUGGCGGAACAAGUUGACGCGAAUCCCAGCAAUAUUCCCGCAGACGUAGACGGCUGCCAGCUGGCCACUUCUGGCGGCACUUCGUCAACGGCACCCAACCAGUCUAACGGUUUUCCGAUGGAAGAGCCAGCAGACGGACAAGGAGACGCGGACCUAUACCUGUUCCAGUACCCCCUGCGGCCUGCCUGGCGCCCCUACGGGCUGGAGGAGCGGUGCCAGGAGAUCCGGGUGCGGCCGUUGCAAUCACGGGUUGAGGUGGAUCUAGCCAUUGAUACCACCGACUCCUCUUAUGACCACGACUCGGCAGACAACCUGAAACAGACCACCCAGACGCUCACCUCGUCUCAGCUGCAUCUGGCCACCAACUAUGCUGUGGGCAUGCUGCAAGGCGACCAGCUCCAUCUGAAUCCCCUGCAUGCAGUGGUGCAGCUACGGCCGUCUUUAGAUUACUUGGACAGUGCAGCAGACAAGGCGGAGGGGGUGGUGCAGCUACGGCCGUCUUUAGAUUACUUGGACAGUGCAGCAGACAAGGCGGAGGGGGUGGUGCAGCUACGGCCGUCUUUAGAUUACUUGGACAGUGCAGCAGACAAGGCGGAGGGGGUGGUGCAGCUACGGCCGUCUUUAGAUUACUUGGACAGUGCAGCAGACAAGGCGGAGGGGGGCAAGGGCAAGAAGAAGGGGGCAGGGGAGGCGGCGGAGGAGGAGGAGAUGGGGGAUGGGGAGGAUGGGGAGGCGGGGCCUGUGGCUCUGGAGGUGAGCUUGAAGAAGAGGGAGACAGAGGAGCAGGAGGAGAUGCGGCUGCAGUCAUAUGCACACAUCCAUGCCCUGCGCGAGAAGGAGCCAUGGCAGCAGCUGCAGGCCUUCUCAGCGUCGAGCCACGAGGCAGCAGCAGCGCUUCUUUACCCACUUCACCCCUUCCCAUGUCUCCUCCCAUUUCGCCUCCCGUUUCUCCUCCCUUCCCCUGCCCUUUCCCUUUCCCUUUCCAGCCAUGGCAGCAGCUGCAGGCCUUCUCAGCAUCACGCGAGGAGGCAGCAGCAGUCCUUCUUUACCCGCCUCAUCCCUUUCCAUGUCUCCUCCCAUGCCCUGCUUUACACUUGUGCAGCCGUGCCAGCAGCUGCAGGCGUUCUCAGCAUCAAGCGAGGAGGCAGCAGCAGUGCUUCUUUACUCGCCUCACCCCUUCCCAUGUCUCCACCCAUGCCUCCUCCCAUGCCCUGCUUUACACUUGUGCAGCCGUGGCAGCAGCUGCAGGCCUUCUCAGCAUCGAGCGAGGAGGCAGCAGCAGUGCGGGCGCGCAUGCUGGUGGGGGGAGGCGGGGCAGGAGGGGAGGGGGGCAAGAAGCAGGGGGCGGUAAAAAAGGAGGAGGGUGCGAUGGAGGUGGAUGGAGCAGUGAAGGUCGAGAAGGGGCAACCAGAGGGAGAGAGGGAAAGGGUGGAAGGUGGAGGAGCGGGAGUGGGGCAAGGGGAAGGGGUGGAUAUGGAUGGGGAAGGGGAGGAAGCAGCUGGUGCUGUUGCCGAUGUGCCUUUCACCCUCCCUCAGUAUGUCCCUUCCCUUCCCUUCCCAGUUGCUCUUGCGGCCUACAUCCAAGCACUGGUGGGGUCCUGCCUCUCGCACUCCUCCGCUGCUGCUGCUGAGAUCCGAGGCAUCUCAGGCCUCUCCAAGAGCUACUUGGAUUGUCUGCCUCUGGAGCGGCGGUUACUAGCCCUCCUCUCACGCGCCAAGACACACAUCUUCCAGUUCGACCGGCUGAUGAAUCUGCUGCCAGCAGGCACGCAGCAGCAGCAGGUGCUGGCGCUGCUGCAACACAAGGCACUGCUGGUGCAGCCGCAGCAUCAGCAGCAGCAGCAGCAGCAGCAGCAGCAGCAGCAGCAGCAGCAGCAGCAGCAGCAGCAGCAGCAGCAGCAGCAGCAGCAGCAGCAGCAGCAGCAGCAGCAGCAGCGGCAGGUGCUGGCAAGAACAGUGUUAAUCACCACUGACAUUCCAGUCUAG